AUGACCGAAGACCUCCCUCCAGAUUCCGCAGCCUGGGUCUCCCCCUACACGCUUCCUCCUUUACCAAAUCUGCAACGUUCUCGCGGUCAGUCUUCACAUCUGAAGUCCCCUGAUCUUCCUCGGCCAUACUACGCCGCAGCCUGGGGCAGUCCGUACGCUACACCGAGUCCGAGGAGGUCAUCUCGUCCGACAUCAUUCAGCGGACACCACGCCGCGUUUGGCUCUUCAUCUCCAUCACUUCCGACGCGACAACAGCCCCGGACAGCUCCACCCCACGAAUUGACCGAAAGAUCUGCAUCUCUGAGGGAUCAACAACAACCUACGCAGACGCGACGAAAUCCCCGCGCCGAAGCCCUCAACUGGUUAAGCGAUUCAGAGGAUAAUAGCUCCGAGGCGAGUGGAAGAGAGGGAGGUGAUCAGACACCGACACGGGACGCUUAUCUCGACAGUUGGGGUCCGUCUCCGGCCAGCACUCCGUCCGAAAUAUCUCGAGUACAUCGAAGAUCGGAAAGCCUUGCGACAAUCACUCCUGACAUCUUCCAUGGUGCAGACAGUCACCCAAUAGAGUCGGACAGUCCAGACCACUUGUUGUUUCCAUCCUUGGAUUUCAGUAUGGCGGCUCAAGACUCAGCAAACAUGAACUCGGAGAGUAAGCCUCCACAACCACUCGAUCGUCGAAUGUCCCUGAUCGAAGCGGGGGACAAACCCCUUGGAAGCCCUACCUCUCCGCUACGACCUCGACCUAAUUCCAUGCAGUCGCACCAGCGACCGAAGAAAAAAGUAGUUUGGAAGGGCAAGGCGUGCAUUAUCGCCCUUCCGCUCACAGAUAGAGAGGCAGCCGGUCUACCGCCCUUGCUCACAGCUGAACAAUUUCAAGACCGGAUAAGCGGAUGGAUUGCUCAGGGAUAUAUCAUUGACGGUUUGGAACCCACAAACGCUUCAUUGAACCACGAUAUACAAAGCAGCGGUCAGAGUCGUCCACUAUAUCCCGAUCCUCAGGAUAUGCAAUCGGAGCGGAAGCUACACAAGUACCACGUGCAUUUGCCCAACCAGGCCGAGUGGGAAUCGUGGGUCAAUCACCUCAAGGAGGAAAAGUUGAGAGCAUUGGGUGUGAGUCCUAGCAAUUCAGAAGCUCCGCCCUCCACGAGAUCGCCAUUUUCGCCAGAUCUAAGUCGCGUUUCCUCGGGUUACCCAGGACUGGCUCCCUCACCCCCGGUCGCGCCAUCUUCAUCUGCAAGCAAUCCUCUCAGAGCAACGAGCAAUCCCUUUUCACCAUCCCUUAUGUCCUCUGCCGGUAUCAGUCCACAACCCGGGUCAGUCAACUCGUCGCAAUUCAGUGGCUUGCCAAAGCCUCUACAUGCCCACAAACAAUCGGUCGCACAACCUACCCCCCGUGGUCGCAUCAACUCUCCUUUCGACCAUGCUCUGUCACAAUCGAUCUCGUUCAGUCCAGGUGUUCCACCGAGUAUGGCAGCACGGUCGUCUCGACAGAAUAGCUUUUCUCCCAACAACCCAUUGCGACUACCAAAUCUGAGUGAAGUUCUAUCUCCUAUCUCGCAGCAGCCAGGCUUUGAUGCCCGUGGUCCUAACAUGAAUCUUCCUCCUACAUACACGCGACAUGGAUAUUUCCCGUCACAGGCUAAUUUCACGGUCCCACACCCUAGCAACUGGAAAGCACCAAGUCCGGCACUGCCCCAGCGUGUCGAUAGCUUGGCACGUACUCCAGAAUUCCGUGUACCAUCACGAUCACCGAUCGAAAUAGCCCACCCAACUCCGAAAAGCCAUCGUCAUAAUCUUAGCAUGGCGUUGCAAAGGGAAAUUGAUGAAGCUGAAGCUUCCUUGACCGAAAAGGAUCGAACUCAUAACCCUGACUCGACUGAGGACGGGGAAGAAAUCUCACGGAAAGACUCACACGUUGAUGAGUCUAUGAAUGACGAACCUCCUAUACUGCGACGACCCGAAACAUUAACAGAUGAGAGGUCAGAGAUUGAAACAAAUCCAAGCAUAGCUGCGACUCCCAUGCUCAUGGACGAUAAGAACCCAUUCGUGACCUGGCAAGCAUUGAGUGACGCAGCUAAAGGUGAUACAAAGCCCUCGAAGGAGUCAUCCACUGCUCCUUCGAAGUUCAAUGUUCAGGCGAAAGAAUUUGACCCCCGGGGAGGCUUCUCAAGCUCCAACUUCACUUUCAAUGGUGAUGCUUUUGCCCCAUUUGGCCUAUCUCAACCGCCCCUCGCCUCUGCUCCAGUUGUGCCUAAAACUUCCGCAAGGAACAGAUCGUCUUUAUCGCAUCUAAACGCAGAUGCCCCUGCCUUUACUCCCUCAUUCCUCGCACAACCAACACCGGAGAGAUUAUCCUUCGGGCAACACGUGGAGGACAAAGCAGACCAUUCAGUACCUGCAGAGGACCCCUCCGUUUCCCAGAACAUUCCCAAAGAUUCGGGUUUCAAAUUCUCCUCUGCUACGUUCAAUGUCGAUGCACCAGUAUUCAGCCCAUCACAGUCCUUGUUCGCUCAUUUGGGGCCCAGUUUGAAGACUCCACCUGUUGAUAAAACCCUCGAGUCCAAUUCUAUAUUUGGAAAUGUUGUGAUCGAUCCGGACUCCAAAGUGACAAGGAGGGCGAGCAAAGCUCUGACUAUCACCCGUCCUAGAUCAAAGGACGGACCAGUCGAGGCCGAUGUGGGCAGUUCAGGGGAAGACAUUGAAGAUGAUGGUGGCCGCCCCAUGGCACCUGCGGAUCGUCAAAAAAGAGCGCGCCGCAUUGGCAGUGGUGGCAAUCGAAGCCCGAUCUAUAGUGAUUCUGCGCCCUUCCGCCAAUCGAGCACCCUGUCAGAAGGCUUCGAUUCUGCGAAAGCAGACCUUGGUAACCAGAAAGAUUCCGGUACACCAUUCGAAGGCUGGCUAUACAUUUCUCCAGACGAGAACGAACUCAAACCCAACGUUGAGCCAGUUGACGAAAAGAAGUCAACUUCUCAUAGUCCUCAGGAAAGUGAGUCGAGCUUUACUUUCAAGAAUGAGACCGAUGCCGCGAGAUUCAAUGACGCACGGCCUCCAUGGGAUGGCAAAGGGGAAGACGAAUCAACCAAAGUGCUCGAACAGGAGCCUGUUGUUGAUGGCGAUGAGUCGAAUGAUGAUCUGUCCAACGGAGAAGACCCAGAAGACCAUGAGACUUCUCCGAAACAACCAAAGGGCCAGUCUCAUAAGGUAAAGUCAUCGUUGUCAGCACUUGCGAAACCCUUCCACUUUAGUCCUCAGUUGUCGAGCCCUAAAACAACUGCAUCCUUUGCUGCGCCUCGAAAAACCCAGGGGCUGGAGGCUUCACGAUUUGCAGGGCCAAUGAACCCUCAAGAGUCACCUGCAAUCCUCACAGCCAAUCUCUCUUCCCCUCCACCAGAUCUCGACCAAUACAGAGAACGAGAAUUCGAGUCUAAAUCUGAAGUUGAAGUUGAAGUCAAGACUCCGUCCGAUGCCGAGGCAAAGGCUCUCUCUAUCAGCACUACAGCAAGCAUGCCCAAGCAAGACGUUGAGAAUCUGGAAAGAAAAGCGUCGAUACACUCUGAGCCCAGACAAGAAGCGCUAGCCGACGAGGACGAACUCAUGCCUGUCUUUCGACAUGAUCAUCAAGACGAGCCUGAGCCAUCUUUUGAAGAAAUUGACGCCGUUAUGAAGCAAUUUGAAGUGCAUCCUGAGCUGGGAAUUGAACGCUUGGACACACCACUUCAAUCCACACCCCUUGUGGAUAUGCGCUUAAGUGGAAAUUUUCGCAGUGAUGCUCCAAGUCCCAGCCCAGUUAGACUUCAUGAUAAUAGGAUUCUACAGAGCGAGGGGUCAUAUCCACCUUCAGCCGGGCUUGGUAUUGGCAUUCACAAGCUCAACACUGGAAGGGAAGAUGUCAGCGACUGGGGAGGGACAUUGCCCGCAGUUGAAGAAGCAAAGUUGCAGUUGCGUUCGCAAUUCUUUGAUGGCCAUGUCAAUGAACUAGUUGAUGGCAUUCUAGAAAACAGAUUAGGGCCUCUGGAGCGUACCCUUCAGACAAUGCAAAAUUCGUUAGCGUUGAUUGCAAGUGGUUCAAAGGCGAGACAUGACCACAAAAGCAUGUCCAUAGAAGUCAAAGACUCGGAUGCCGAUGAUGAGGAUGAUUACGACGCUUUUGAGGGUUUCGCUUCGUACCGAACAAAGUCUCCAAUGGCCAGAAGAGAAGUAUGGAAGCAGGACAGAAUCCGUGCUGCGGUCACUCAAGCACUUGCUUCUUAUGAGCCCCCUGUCCCAGCCCCGUCUGCACUUGACUUGACAGAGUUGAGUGAGAUUCUGCAAGAGAUACGGCAAGUGGCCCUACAGACUAGCUCCCUCAAUACACAACAUGAGCUUAAAACAGUGGUCGAAGACGUUAUCUCUCAGCACCCAAGGUUACGCGGAUCGAGAGUCCAACAAGAUCACGAAUCCACGGAGGGAAAACUGAGGCCCCAGAUCGAUGGUCUUGAAUCAAUGCUAAAAAUGGCGAAGGAACACACCUCUGAAGAAGUACGCCUAAGACGGCAAGCGGAAGAGCAAGUUGCUGAACUCAAAUUGCGCUUGCGCGUUGCGGAAGAAGAAGCCGCGCAGUACCGUGAAGCAUCAGAGGAGACUCAGCAGACGUUGGUCGCUUUCCUUGAGGAAAAGGAGUCCUACAAGAAUCUCGAAGAUCAACUUGACAGCGUGACGCUCCAGAACAAUGCUUUGCAGACGACACUUGAAGAGUACCGAGUUUCAAGCGAUCAGUGGCGUGAUGACAUUCGUGAAGAACGAUCGAAGAACAAAGCGCUUCGGGAAACCUUGCAUAACCUUGCUAAGCAACUGGAAGAUCAGUCACAGUCGAGGACAUUGUUCCGCAACAAAGUGGAGCGUUUGCAAGAGGAUCUUACUCGGGUUGUCCAGGAUACCCAAUCUGAGCAGGCAGACUCUCGUGAGCGAGAGCACAAACUGCUCAGCAACAUUGCACUAGUCGAGGAUGCUCUCAGUCAGGAACGUCGACAUCGCGCGAGAGCGGAGGCAGAGCUUGACGCUUUGCACAAGGAAAAUAGAUCUAACCUGCGUUACAAAACAGGCCUCGAAGAGGCCGAGAGAGAUAUUUCCCGACUCAAUGAUUUGGUGGCAUCCUUGCGUGAAGACAAUCGAGCCUUAGACACCAAAGCUUUUGAGCUGGGCCGAGAAUUGGAGCAUGUGCAGAAGAGCAAAGAUGCAGAGGUGGCAACAUCAAGCGCACGAUUGUCAGCAGAAUUGGAGAUCACAAAGACACAGCUUCAAAGUAUCCGAACGGACGCCGACGCCCAAAUAAGCAGACUUCAAAGCCGACUUGAUCAUGCCGAAUUAGAUCUAGAGGAUCAGAAAGCCAAACAUGAUUCUAUCUUCUCCGAGACCAUCGAAGCCCACAAGGAAGCACUCCGCGAAUCAAAUGAGAGAAGGGAGAGUAGCCUCGAAGACCAACACCAAAUGCAUGAGAAGAAACUGAACGACCUCCGAGAACGACACACUCGGGAGCUGCAUAACUCCUUUGACAACAGAACCAGGCUUGAACAUCAGCUCAAUGAAAAAUUGAGCUUAGGAGAGGACAAGAACAAGCAUCUCCAGAGUAGGAUUGCUGAUCUGGAAGAUCGAUUGGAUGUUGCAAAAUCUGCUCUCAGAGCUGCCGCAGAGGCCGCUCUUGCCAAAGGCGUCAACCUCCCAACUCCUGCUCCCUCUGUUGUGGCAUCGCCACCACAAAGAGCUGCAAGCGCUUCGAUAUCCUUUGCUAAAGGUACUGACUUGCCAGAAAAGAUUUCUCCACAAGCCUUGCGGGAGUCAAUCAUGGUCCUACAAGACCAGCUUCAGAACCGAGAAAUGAAGAUCGAGAAACUCGAAAUCGAGCUGGCGGCCAUUGACAAAGACGCACCGAACAAGAUUAAAGAACGAGAUACGGAGAUUGGUUGGCUACGCGAGUUGCUCAGUGUACGCGCAGAUGACCUAGAGGAUAUUAUCAAUACACUGGCCCAACCAGACUUCAACCGUGAGACUGUCAAAGAUGCCGCAAUAAGACUAAGAGCGAAUCUCCAAAUGGAGCAACAACUCAAAGAGCGAGCGCACUCCGGACUGGCGACCUCACUUCCGUCUAUCUCCUCCUUAACAAGCUAUGCGCAGUCACCGAAAGCUCUUCCUAUGGCCGCCGUGGCAGCACUGAGCAACUGGCGCCGGGCUCGAGAUACAUCAAUUGGCGCUAUAUCCGAUUUUGCGACCGGUAUUGGCAGCCAAACGCCAUCAAGAUCAACUCUAGGAAGUCCCUCAAGUAUACUCUCGGGAAUUAUGACGCCACCGACGACUACUCAACGACAAUCAGGCUCCAGCGAACGCUCUGCACCACCUCCUAGUAUGAGGCCUUUGGCUGCAGCUGCAGCUGCACAAGCUCGAAAUGGCGGCGUGGAAGCCCGACCUCUCCGAGCGUACAAUUCUCAACCACGCGCUUUGUCAAGCCGACAACAGGAGAAACGAUCCGAAGAGUCUCACCCCUUUCCUCAAAUCAGAGAUGGAUCACCACAUACUCCGACUCAGUCGAAGCGGCCAAGCCUUGACUUUGCAGACGAUGUUGAUGAAGACGCCUCCCCACUGGAUGGCAGACACACGAAACACCUGGAGGAGGCCGAGCCAAUUUCAGAAUGA